GCUCAGUGGAGGGAACUGACAUUGCAGACUAGGCGAGGAGAGGUAGAACUAUCGGAGAGGAGGAAAGGAAGGAAGGGGCUCGUCUGGACAACAGAAGGAUUCUAAGGAGAGAGCCCAGGGCUGGAUGGGACCCACCAUGCCGCCCAGUAAGAAGGCCCAGAGCCCCAGCAGCGGUUUGGGAGCGACCCGGGGUCUGAGUCCCCUCUACAGGGAGGCGGAGGCAGCUGACCUGUCCCUGUCUCUGUCGGCCUCCUUCUCCAAGGCCGAGGACGAGGAGCUCACCAGCCUCUCCUGGCUCCACGAGAGCACAGACCUUCUCAACAGCUUCUCUCACUCGGGGCUCCGCUCCGUCUCCCCCCUGCAGGACCCCGACGGUCACCCUCUACCCCCCCACUCCCCCUCCUCCUCCUCCCCUUCCCCCGACCCAUGUGAUUCUUCCACAUACGACCUGGCCAUGGGAGCCAAUCGGAAGCCUCCGUACUCGUUCAGCUGUCUGAUCUUCAUGGCAAUAGAGGACGCGCCAUCCAAGAGGCUGCCGGUGAAAGAUAUCUAUGGUUGGAUCCUGGAGCAUUUCCCGUAUUUCGCUAGUGCCCCUACUGGUUGGAAGAACUCGGUGCGCCACAAUCUGUCGCUUAAUAAGUGUUUCAAGAAGGUGGACAAGGACAGGAGCCAGGUAUGAAAAAGAGGCAUACAAAGACUUCACCCUCUCUACACCUCUGAUGAAUAUAACAGGAAUCCUGUUUGAUCACCAGGCACUGCAAAAUCAUUCUGUCUGUGGAUACGGAGAACAUCAACACAUUAACAUCAACACGCCAUUGGACUUGGGGUUCUGCUGGGAGUUGACAUCAUAUUUACAUUGUUUUAUUCUGCUUUGCCACUAAAAUCAUAAUAAACACUGAGAACUAAAA